AUGGCGGGGAGAUCGUAUGUGCAGUGGGAGUUGGAAUUUGGAGAGCGCCACCCGAUUAGUAGCCCAAAGUUUGCAACUUUUGGCAAUGGUCGUUAUGUGUUUAUACUUGGAAAUAAGAAGACAGCUGUCGAUGAACGCAUACAUUAUUCAAAAUUUGAACUUGAAUGCAUCGACAUGUUUUUGAGUGUGAAAACGCGAUACAUAAUCGAAGGACUACAGGACAUCGGUUUUGUAUUGGGAUUCUAUGCGAUUUCGCCGACAUCGUUUAUGGUGAUUGAUUACUCGGAACUAAACGCUAAUAUAAAGCAGACCGGGAUAAUACUCGAUCAGAAUUCCUUCACUGGUGCACAUUUUAUUGAAAGGACCUAUUGUGUUACGACAAGCGUGGCAUUCUUUUUUGUGCACUGUGUCGUGGGUCAACAGGAGUGUGUGAUAUUUUCACCGCCCAACUCUAGUAGGCACCUAAACAGGCCAGAGACAACUUUCUGCUGUCAUUUAAUCCCAAAACUACCGUGGUCCAAAAGCUCAGAUCGCAACUGCUCGUUAAUUAUACAGAGAGUUAACGCUCAAGUAAUGUCACAACAUGGCGCAGCAUUGUCACGGUGGGAAUCACCGCAGUUCAUAAGCCUGAGCGAACUAGCCUUCUUUUUGGACCGAGGACAAGGCAUCUGUCCCGACCCGUUCACUAUCGCUGUCGUCGAUAUCGAAACUGGAAACUGGCGAGUGGUAAUAUGUACUGCUGACAAAAACACAGGUUUCCCACGCGAUCCACAUGAUCAGCUACCAAUCGAUAGCACAGCACUGCACAGCUCCAGCGGGCAGAUAUCAUUACUAACUACGUAUGGCCGUCCUGCAGAUAGCUACUAUGCUCACUUCGCACGGCUUCUUCAGCAAUGGAGUCGUCACGUUUGGAGGGCAUUUUACUACACCGCUGACAAUUUUUCGUGGAUUGCACCAAUGUUUCUACAUCUCGCCUUAGCCAUGACCACGAUGAGAGGACGUCUAAUGUAUAACCCAUCUGCUAAAGUAGGCGUACUGGACACAGCAACCUGGCAGUGGAUUGAAGUUCAUUCUGUCAACGACUACUAUUUCACUGAUAUUGUGAUGUUCGACGAUGGUCAAAUCUUAAUACACCAAACGGACAAGAACUGGAAUUUCGAGCAUUACGGUGUAAUACGAAAUCCAUUUGCAGUGCCUACAUUAAUAUUGACCGCUGAACUUAAGUCGCGACCAACUGCCUACGAUGAGGAACGCGAAGUGCUUGUGAAACGACUGCGAUAG